UCGCAGCUAUGGUCAACAUACCGCAUGGCGUCCUCGCCCGACCGUGCUCUGUUUCUCAUUUCCCCUUUCCCUUGCUGCGCUAAACCUGCCGAAGUCGUUCUUUCUCCCCAGAUGAAGUUGCAGUAGUGUUGUUUGGAAUCGACCAUGAUGACGCCGGGCCAGAUGUAACUCAAGCAAGUCGGCGACCAUUCCAACCCUCAUUCAACCAAGAGCAAGCCAAGCCAAGCCAAUGCCAUUUAGCAUCCUCGUCGUCCCCUGUAAACACCCUCUUCGCCGGUUCACCAGAAGCUUCAACGCAUGGGCUCGAUCCAUAAGGAAAGCCGCCGUCUCUCACCCGCACAGACCCCACAAGGCCUUUGACCUCUACUCGCGGAUGCAUCGCUGCGGCAUCCCUUUCGAUAGCUUCUCGGUUCUUUACACGGUGAGGUCCUGCGCUAACUUGCGCGACCCGACGGUCAUCCGUCACCUCCAUUGCCAUGCCGUUAAGCUCGGGUUCGGUUCCCACGUCUACGUCGCCUCGUCUCUGCUGCACGCGUAUGUCGUCGCGUCUUUUCGGGAUGCUCGCGUACUGUUCGACGAAAUGCCCCAGAGAACCACGGUGAGUUGGAAUACUAUGAUCACCGGGUUUGCAAAGUCGGGCGACGUGGAGAAGGCGCGUUCAGUUUUCGCGGAAAUGCCUAGGAGGGAUGUCUCUUCGUGGUCUGCCAUGAUUGCGGCGUAUGUGAAUUACGGCAGUGUAGUUUCUGGAUUAGUGCUGUUUCGGGAAAUGAUGGUAAAGGAGAGAUUGUUUCCCGACCAAGUGACGGUCUGUUCCGCCUUGACCGGGUGUGCUCGGAUUGGUUCCUGCGGUUUGUUGGCCGGGAAAUCAAUUCAUGGUUUUGUGGUGAAGAAUUCGUGGGAGAUGAAUGUUGCGAUCGGGACUGUUUUGGUCGAUAUGUACACCAAGUGUGGAUUCUUCAAGCAGGCUGUCCGCAUAUUUGACAUGAUGAAGGAAAAGAACGUCAUGACGUGGACGGCGUUGAUUUGUGGGUCGGCGCAACAUGGUUUCAGCGAGGAAGCACUAUCUUUGUUCGAGAUAAUGCAAAAGAGGGGGGUGAAGCCAAACGAAUUGACUUUCACUGGGGUUUUGAGCGCUUGUACCAAUACAGGCUUAGUAGAGGAGGGACGCAGAUACUUCAAUUUGAUUGAGGAAUAUGGAUUGGAGUUGAGAAUUCAACAUUAUGGAUGCAUGGUUGAUUUACUUGGUAAGGCGGUACUGCUAGAUGAGGCUUACGAGACGAUUCAGACCAUGAAAUAUGAACCCAACGUGAUUGUUUGGACUGCCUACUUGUCAGCUUGCAAGACGCAUAAUCAAUUCGGGAUGGCUGAACGAGUAAUUGACCGGGUCUUGAGGAUGGUGAAGCCGGAGAAUGAUGGAGGCAUUUACACACUCAUAUGCGAUAUCUAUGUCUUGAGCGGGAAGUGGGAUGAGGCACAAAGGAUAAGAGAAUUAAUGACCAAAGAAAGUGUGAGAAAGGUCACUGGAUCUAGUUCUGUCAAAAGCUGAAUACGAUGGCCAGUUUUUCCAUGGCUUGUGUCUCCCAUGAUCGAACAGUGCACAAUGAAACCCCAGGAUGGCAGUAGGAUGGGUUGCAUUUUCUGCUAAAACAUUGUGUAGGUGGUUCUCAGGUAUCAACCUUGGAUCUAAUUCAUUUCAUUCUUUGUGGAAGCAUGCUCUUCUCCUAUACAUACAAGAUUUUGGAAGAGAUUGCCAUAUCGUGUACAAUGAUACCCCAGGACCAAGAGUUGAAGAGCAGCUGACAAUUUACCGAUCCCUGAACUGAGUGCAUUAUUGUUGCCUUUUGGAUAAAUUAUAGAGACUUGCCGUCUGACUCUCACCGUUGGUUUUCAAGAAUCAACAUUGAAAUCUGCACUAAGGGCUGAAAAGCUGAUUGCUGGAUCUGUGUGCCCUUAUAUUGAUAGUUGAAUCUUAAGUUUAGCUGGCCGCUAGUGCGAUUGUGCUCUCAAAUGAAGAUAGCAUGAUUUGCUUUUGUA